AGUGCCGGGGUUGUGAUGUUGGUGCAGUUUUCUACUGACAAGGGCACCGGCCUGGGGUAUCAGGGCUGCUGCUUGGCAUUUUCUUUUGUGGCUAGGAAGGACAUAAGGAAACAGAGGAUGAAGGGGGUAUACGGCUUGGUGGUCUUCUGGGUGCUAUGUGCUGGAGCAGAGACACAGAACUGGUCUCAGAACAGAGUGCAGCAGAUGAACCAGCAGGUUGCAGGUAACAGACAGCCACCUUUCAAAUCAUGGAACAGCAGAAUGUACCCCAUAUGGAGAGGCACCGAAGCUCAGAAGAAAAACUGCUGGAAAGGAGGUCAGGUGACUUUUAAUCUUGUUAAUGAUGCACCAACACUGACUGGAGCCAAAGCUACUUUCUCCAUCCAACUGAACUUUCCCAAGAAUCAGACUGUAUUGCCAGAUGGACAGGUUGUUUGGGGUCAGAACCGCACAGACAAUGGUACAUGGGUACCUAGUGGAGACCCUGUUUAUCCUGAUGAGUCUACAGAGGGAUCUGAAUGCACAUUUCCAGAUGGCCGCCCUUUCCCUCGUGGCUCAGAGAAGAAGCGAAGCAAGUUUGUUUAUGUUUGGCAGACAUUGGGAAAAUACUGGCAGGUAGUAGAUGGCCCCUCCUCUAAUCUGACACUGGAGACUGAUGGCAUUCCACUUGGCUCCUACACUAUGCAAGUUGUUGUCUAUCAUUACCGUGGCCGACAGAAAUUCAUCCCUAUUGGCAGUGCAUCCUCUCAAUUCACCAUAACUGAUCAGAUUCCAGUUUCUGUGUCAAUCUCUCAGCUUCUUGACCUGGAUCAGGAGGAUCAGCGCUUUAUCCAGAACAGAGCAGUAUCUUUUGCUGUAUCAAUUCAUGAUCCCAGCCACUAUCUCCAAGCAGCUGAUAUCUCAUUCUCCUGGGAUUUUGGAGACCAGAGUGGAACACUUAUCACCAGAAACACUGACGUCACCCAUACGUAUGUUUCUCCUGGGGUGUUUAGACCAAAGGUUGUCUUGCAAGCUGCCAUUCCCAUUACACCAUGUGGCAGUACAGCUGCAGCAGGAACAGCAGAGCCAGUGCCUUCUACAGUUAUUCCUCCACAACCAACAACUACAGCUGUUUCUACAAGCGGUGGACAAGUCACAGAUGCACCUACUGGAACCCCAGCUGUACUCCCUGGUAAUGUCACAGAACCCCAAGGAACUAUUAAUGUGAUUGUAGUAACAUUACCCUCUGAGGAAACUCAAAACAAUUUGGCAGCUGAGGCAACAUCUUCAGUAUCUGCAAGUGCUCUUCCAGACAAUGAGGCUGCAACUUUGCCAGAAGGUACGGAGGAAGAAGCAGGUGUGACUGAUGCAGCAGAAGAAACUGUACCAGAGGAAGUGGAGGCUGUGCCCAACCAAGAACAGGCUGCAGAAGCUGUGCCCAGUCAGGGAGCUGUAACUGUUGCUGAAGCUGUGCCCAGUCAGGAAGCUGAAGCUGUGCCCAGUCAGGAAGCUGAAGCUGUAGCAGAAGCUGUGCCCAGUCAAGAAGCUGUGGAGGCUGUGACUUCAGAAGCUGGGAACACUGAGGCAGGUGCUGAGCUUGCAGAAGAAACUCCUAGUGUUGCAUCAGAAAUAAAUGAGCUGCCUGGUUCAACGGCUGAAGUUGUGACUGUUCCUGCCACAGAAGGCCCAGAGGAGGUUGUGGUUAUUGCAAAACGUCAGGCUCCUGAGGAUCCACUUGUAGGCUGCCUCCUUUACCGUUAUGGAACCUUUGCAACUGAUCUGGAUAUUGUCCAGGGCAUUGAAAGUGCACAGAUUGUACAAGUAGCUCCAGUUGCAGCCGUUGAUGGAACUGAAAAUGCAGUGGACCUUACAGUCACGUGCCAAGGAAGUGUACCUAGCCAAGUCUGCACAAUUAUCUCUGGUCCUGACUGUAGUACUCCACAAGAGACUAUCUGUAAUACUGUGCAGCCCUCCACUGACUGCCAGCUGGUCCUCCGCCAGGUUUUCAAUGACACUGGACUAUAUUGUGUGAAUGUGUCCUUAACAGAUGCUGUUAGCCUGGCAAUGGCUAGUACACAAGUCAGUGUUUCAGGUGCAGGAUCCUCAUUUGCAAAUGGUGGUAUUGUCAUAGUUGGCGUGCUUUUGGCAGUGUUUGCUGUUGUUGUUGUGGCCUACGCAUACAGGCAAAAAAAGUCUUAUACAACUUUGAGAACAGCCCAGCCUCCAACAAGUUGGUUCCCUGAAAGGCUCUCUCUUCGUCUGUUCUUCCAAAAUGCUCUGGGCCUCUCUAGGAGUGGAGAGAACAGCCCACUUUUGAAUGGCCGUGUAGUGUGAUGGAAACGUCUGGCCUGAAGUCAAGGCAGGGCAUGAUUCACUGAACAGUAGUGCCAUGGCUUGACAUUAAUAAUCUGUGUGCAGAGACUUCCUUCCAGCUCUUAACACUGGAAUAAUGAGAGUUGGCCACCUGCCAUUUUGGUGCAGUAAGAAUGAGUUGCAUUGCAAUGCACCAGGGCCCAUAAAUGCACAGAAUUAGAAUUUUCUUCACCUAUGGCUGGUUCCUAUACAAUAAACUUGUUUAAAAAAAAAAU